AUGCCCGAUCACGCCAUCCACCAGGGCUCUCUCGAGCACCUCCUGCCGCCGAGCUGGAAGGCCACCGUCACAACCUGGCUAGCCGAGGACACGCCCUCGUUCGACUACGGCGGCUUCGUCGUCGGCGACGACACCCGUACCGCCACCCUCUGGGGCAAGAGCGCAGGCAUCAUCGCCGGCGUCCCCUUCUUCGACGAGGUCUUCCGCCAGUGCGGCUGCUCCGUCGAGUGGCACGCCCCCGAGGGCUCCUACGUCGACCGCCCCAAGGACGGCUCCGGCAAGAUAAAAGUCGCCACCGUCACCGGCCCCGCCAGAGGUCUCCUCCUCGCCGAGAGAGUCGGCCUCAACCUGCUGGCGCGCUGCUCCGGCAUUGCCAGCGCCACGCGCAACCUCGUCCUCAGCCUGCGCAGUGCAGGCUACCGCGGCGUCCUGGCGGGCACGCGCAAGACGACCCCCGGCUUCCGCCUCGUCGAAAAGUACGGCAUGCUCGUCGGUGGCGCGGACCAGCACCGCAUGGACCUGAGCAGCAUGAUCAUGCUCAAGGACAACCACGUCUGGAGCAGGGGCAGCAUCACCGACGCCGUCAAGUCCGCAAAGGCCGUCGGCGGCUUCGCGCUCAAGAUCGAGGUCGAGGUGCAGUCCGAGGAGGAGGCCGACGAGGCCAUCACCGCUGGUGCAGACAUCGUCAUGCUGGACAACUUUACUGGCGCUGGCGUCAAGGUCGCGGCAAAGAGCCUGCGCGAGCGGUGGCGGGGCAAGCGCGAGUUUCUGAUCGAAGUCAGCGGCGGUCUUCGAGAGGACAAUGUGUUCGACUACGCCAACAACGACAUUGACAUCAUCUCGACGAGUUCCAUCCACCAAGGCACAUCUUACGUCGACUUCUCAUUAAAGAUUGAUCCUGGCCAAGCGACAAAGGCCAAAUAG